CGCAGCACUUUAUAUUUGGGGGCGUCAAUGGAGGUGCUGAUACAAUUCGAUCUAUAAUACCGAGAAAUGUGCUCUUGAAGACCAUUAUAUACCUGCAACAUUCACCGAAACUAGAACAGUACAAUGCGCGCAUGGCAUGCGACUCCAAUAACCCCGAUUCAUUGACCUCUUAUUGAAGCCCCCACCCUACGCCCCGACAAGGGUUCUAGCAACCCCAGCCGUGCAUACAUCCUAUACUACUGGCAAAUACACACUCGCGCUGCCGCUCACUCUCUUUUCUUCACGUAUAGCUAUAAUCUCCGGCUUCCAGUAGCAAAAUGGCCUCCCUCGCAGAAGAUGACGACGAUCGCGAUCUUGCCGGCUCCCAAGACGGCAGCUCCGACAAUGAGAUGGACGAUACGCUCCGAGACGCAGACGACGGGGUGAACGACAACGAACCGGACGCCGACGCCGAAGACGCCGACCCCGAUGCGGAAAGCCAGUCCAACGUGUCCGAGAGCGCGGGGAUCGCGACGCAACAGAAUCAGGACGUGGAGAUGACGUCGCCGGGGGCUGCGAACGUCGCGUCUCCGGUCUCGGUAUACCACCCGCCGGUGCGACCGGAGUGCCUCACGGCCUCGACGUUCGACAUCGUGCCCACGACGGCGGCCCCGCACAGCACCUCGAUCAACGCGGUCACGGCCACGGCGGAUAUGCGAUGGGUGUUCAGCGGGGGCUCGGACGGAUACGUGCGGAAGUUCAACUGGGUGGACUCGAUCAACAGCAAGCUGAUGCUCACGGUCGCGCAGCGGCACCCGUUCGUGGACAGCGUGAUCAAGGCCGGCGUGCUGAUGACCUACUGGGAGAACAUGGACGGGAACACGAUCUCGCCGGUCUACUCGCUCGCGAGCCACAGCGAGGGGUUGUGGCUGCUGUCCGGUCAGGAGUCGGGCAACAUCCGCCUGCAGUCCGUCCGCCACGAGGAGGGCAAGGAGAUCGCUCUCCUGCAGCAGCACACCUCGGCAGUCUCGGUGCUGACCCUGACCUCCGACGAGAAGUCCCUGCUGUCGGGCAGCUGGGACAAGCGGAUCUUCGACUGGGAUCUGAACACCGGGCAGACGCGCCGCGCGUUCGGGGCGAGCGCCGGGCAGGUUUCCGCGAUCGAGAUGCGCCCGGAGUCCAGCCUCCCUGUGCCGAAGGAUGUCGUCGAGCCGCCGCAGCCGAACGGCACGUACUCGUCGAACUACCAAGCGGCAGCGGGGGAGAAUAGCUUCGGAUUCAUGGACACCUCCAACGACCAAGGCGACAGUGGUGCUGGCCCGGACCCGCAGGCGGGCUCGCCAGCGGACUCGCUCUUUGGCGGCGCCGACUCUCUGUUCGGCGACGGCGACGGGCCCGGCGGAGACGAGGCGGGCGGAUCAGGCAACGCAUUCGGCAUUGACGAAGAUGACGAGUUUGGCAAAGCACUCACGAACGGAGUGCCUCCGGAGGCCGAUGCCCCCGGCGAGCCGGAGACGAGCCACAACGAGGCGGCAGAAGCAGCACAACCACCACCAUCACCACCACCCCCAGCGCCCGCAGAUGCCGUUACCGCGCCCCCCGACCCGAACGCCAUGGACCAGGCGCCGGAUACGACCGAACCAGCCCAGCCCGACGGCGCUCCCCCGCCCGUCGUCAACGGCCUGCCCCACGCGGAGGAGAUCGAACCGACCGCGCAGAGCACUGCCUUCAGCGAACCGGCACAGCCCGAACACACGCCCAGCAACGACAACACCUUCCUGGGGGCGUCGAUGGACGGCACGAUCCGCAUCUGGGAUCGACGGCAGCCCGACCCGGUGGCGCGGAUCAUCCCGCGCAGUGCUCCUCCAUGGUGUAUGAACGCGUGCUGGUCCCCGGACGGGAACUACAUCUACGCGGGCCGGCGGAAUGGGACGGUGGAGGAGUACAGUCUCCACAAGGGGCUGCGGGAUCCGGAGCGGACGUUCAAGUUCCCUCAUGGGAGUGGGCCGGUGACGGCGCUGAGGGCGAUGCCCAAUGGCCGGCAUAUUGUCUGUGCAUCGCAUGAUAUUCUUCGACUUUACGACCUGAAGCAUGAGCAGGUGACUCGACACUCGACGGUGCCGUUCCUCAUCAUCCCGGGGCAUCGGACGGGCACGGUGUCGCAGCUGUAUAUCGACCAGGCGUGUCGGUUUAUGGUGUCGACGAGUGGGAACCGGGGAUGGGAGGGGAAUACGACGGAGGUGUUGUUGGGGUAUGAGAUUGGGGUGCCUCGGUGAUGGAUUGGGGAUGUGGAGAGGUGUCUUCACGAGAGAGAAGAGUGAUUGCUUGGGGUGUGCGCAGUAGCUGGUCCCAGCUGCAUACUAGGUACCAUUUAACAACGUCACCCUAUAUUACUUACAGACCAUAGAAAUGGCAAAU